AGCCUGACUCUCUUCAUCAUCUUCCAGUGCAUCCACUUUGGCAGAGUCCGCUUACAAUUCCUGGAGGCACCCGGCAGUCUCCUAUCAAUAUCCAGUGGAGAGAUAGUGUUUACGACCCCUUUCUGAAGCCUCUGAAAGUCAGCUACGACCCAACAACAUGUCUUCACAUCUGGAACAAUGGAUAUUCAUUCCUGGUUGAGUUUGAUGAUUCUACGGAUAGAUCAAUAAUUGUUGGAGGUCCCUUGGAAAACCAAUACAGGCUAAAGCAGUUCCACUUCCAUUGGGGAGCUAUAAACGAGUGGGGUUCAGAGCACACAGUUGACAGUAAAUUUUACCCAGCAGAGUUGCAUUUAGUUCACUGGAAUGCUGUUGUGUACCCAACUUUUGAAGAAGCUGUAAUGGAAGGUAACGGCUUGGCUGUUAUUGGAGUGUUUUUAAAGAUAGGAGCACAUCAUGAAGGGCUGCAGACACUGGUUGAUGCCUUGCCGGCAGUUAAACACAAAGACACUGUUAUCGAGUUUGACGUCUUUGAUCCCUCCUGUUUGAUACCAUCAUGCCCUGAUUAUUGGACCUACGCGGGCUCUUUGACUACUCCCCCACUUACCGAAUCAGUCACAUGGAUUAUUAAGAAGAAACCCAUAGAGGUUGAUGAGAAUCAGCUGGAGGCAUUUCGGAUGCUGCUCUUUACUUCAGAUGGUGAAGAAGAAAAGAGAAUGGUAGACAACUUUCGCCCUCUUCAGCCAUUAAUGAACCGAACCGUCCGUUCAUCCUUCCAAAGCAGGCAUCUCUUGAAUACUGAAGUACAGCCCAAGGACCAUGUUGAGCAGAUCAGGCCAUAGAUGGCCCAUGAAAUGUCAGUCCAGACUGCAAUACCUGGAUAUUACUGACGUCAUUUUAAAAUUAUUUUUCCUUUUCCUGCAGUGUGUGUAUGCCGUACAGUUUCAUAGCCAGCUAGUUUGAGUUUUCCUAAGUGCCGUUGGACCUCCAGUAGAGA